AUGUCACAGAAGCGUAUCACAGAUUGUACCUCUCAACGUUUCGACCUCUCCGCCAUGACGCAACUCAGCCUCAUGUUCUUAGUCGUCCUCGCCUGGGCGGCUGUUGCCAACUCCUGGGCCGGUACGAACACGUACUUUCUCCAGGGCAUGUUUGAAGGCAAGGAUCAGAUAGAUUUCAUCAAGGAGCUAGCCUCCAUCGGUGUCAAGGUAUUUCGCCUCAGCGUACGUUACCAAGUUCUCGGCUGCGACAAGGGAACCAAGGUCACCUGGCCUGUUCCAGCUUUGGAAUUGGCACUUGGAGAGUACAAGGACGAGACACUCGAUCUUCUAGACCAGACACUCAACUUGAUCCGCCAGCAUGGCAAUGGCAUGAAGGUGAUCAUCUCACCGCACGACGGCAACAGCCUGUACGGGUGUGUAAAAGUGAUGACUGGGUCUAAUGCUAGAAUCUCGUCAAGUGACCCGUACACCCAUUAUGGACACUCAUUCUACACGAGCGAGGAGGCUGAAAACUACUACGACAAUCGCAUUAGGCACAUUCUCGAUUACAGAGGCAAGUAUACGGGCGAGGUGUGGAAGGACUUCCAUGAGAUGAUCCUGGCCUUCGACGUGCAAAACGAACCAUACGCUGGGCUCCGUCAAGCAUGCGGGUCGGAGGUGGGCUCUGAUAUCGCAGCGGCCGACUGGGUCUGCAGGCGCGCCAGCUUCAUGCGCAACAGUCUACUCGGCGCCGGCAAUCCCAUCAAGAUCGCCAACGGCGGGCUGGGAGGCUCCGACCGCAACGGCUGCUCUUUCCUUGAGGGCGCCAUGCAGUGUCCUGAACUUGACGCCGUCGCUCGGCCGGGAUCCGCUCAGCUUGCUUCCGACAUCGAGCACUGGAAGAGCCUCGCGAACGGCAAACUCCUUCUUGUCGAAGCGUUGGCAAUUCAGUGGCGUCGAUCCGACCUCAACGUCAUAUCCGAGUUCAAAAAGGCGACGGACAUUCUCAACUCCGCAGGGAUCCCUUGGUUGUCAUCGAGCAUCAUCCCCGAUCCAACUCGCAGUUGCGCGAAGAGUUUCGAGAGUGAUGCGGACCUUACGUUCAUCCCUGUGACCCUAGCGAAGGUCGACUUCAAGAGUGCCAUGGAGAGCGCUACCAAUGCCGAAGCCUGGCAAGACUGGGGGUUCUGA